AAUCCGUUUCCGACAAAUUAAGAAACAGAAUCGAAACAAAGAAAACAUAGAAAACGUUUUCAAAAUUCUCACCCCACUUUCAAAAAUUUCCCCUCUCUAUACCUCUCAGUUUGGAUCCUCCCAAGUUUUCUUCAUUCAAUACACGAUCUGGGUUUUUAUCAACUGGGGUACGUCCUAUUGAAUCUUUGGUUUUUAUGUUAAAUCACAUCGUUGAUUCCGUUUUCAACACCUUGAUUCAUUAAUUAAUUGAUUCCAAAUGAAUAAUGGAGAGGGAACUCGUGAGAACGCCUCCGAAGUCGCCUCUCCGGACGUGUUUGAUUCGUUCCCGCCGAAAUCGGACGGUGGUGAUGUGUCACCUGCGUCAUUGUCACACUACUCCUCGUGCGGGGAAUCCGAGUUCGAGCGAUAUUGUAGCGCGAACUCGGUUAUGGGCACACCCAGUGUGCGUAGCUUGUAUGGUACUUCAUUGAACGAUGGUUUAGAUUCUGAGUUUGGUUCUUUAAAUAGUCUUGGAUUCGGGGAGGAUGUUAAUUUUGAGAAUUUUAUUUUGGGUGGUGAUAGAAAGGUUUCUACUUUAGGUGAUCAUAAAAUUGAGUUUCGCAAACAAAGAAAUGAUGAUAAGGAUGAAAAAAUAGGGAGUGGUUUUAGUGGGUUGCGAUUGUAUGAUGAUAGUUAUGAGGGAAGAAAUGUUGACGAGGAUAUGGCAUUGAAUAGUUGUGGAACCGUGAGUGGAGAUAAUUUUGCAUUGGAAGGUACUGUUGAGAAUGUAUUGAUUGGAGGGAGUUGUAGUAAUGUUCGGGUUGGUGAGAGGAGCAUGAAUGGUGUGAGAGAUGCUUCGGAUGUUGAAGGGGGUCCUUCGCUUUGUGUGGAUAGUGAAGUUAAGGGCAGUUGCCAAGAUGGGUUGCAUUUGCAAUUCUGUUCAGAGUUUGAUAGAAGGGAGAUGGAGCUGGAGGAAGAUGGGACUUCUUCAAGAUAUGAGCACUCAGAAGGUGAGGAUUCGAUGUAUAACUAUGGUAGUGAUGAGGAGCAUAAAAAUAUUUCAUAUUAUCCGAGGAAAAUGGAAUAUGUAAAGGAAGCAAAAUGCGAGAAGGAAAAUCCAUUACUUAUCAAUUCCCGUGUGGCAUUUGGUUCGGAAGAUUGGGAUGAUUUUGAACUAGAAGUCGGAGGAAGUACUAUGUCUUCACCUAUGUUAGAUAAAUUUCAGGAGAAGAGAGAAGUGAAUUUUGAAAGUGAUAGGAAUCUUUUAGAUUCUGUGACCUCAAUUGCUAUUCCAAGUGACAGUCAGAAAGAGCAAAUAAAUGAUACGAAAGAUGUACCUGGAGUCAGUGGAAAAAUUCAAGGUGCGGAUGAUUCUGAAGAAAACAUUAAUCACACUGUUAUGAACCCUGCUUGGUCUUCCUGUCAUAUUAAUCAGGAGUCUUUGGAAAAAGACAAAGACAUUCCUGCAGCCAGAUAUCAAGUUCAAGGUGCUGAUGUUUUGGCACAAAAUUCCAAAAGCUCUUUCUCAGCCCCCAUUAAUUUGCCAAGGUUUUCUGGGCUCGAUGAAGUUGUAAGUUCUGUUGUCAGAAAUCAAGUCCAAAGGACAGAAAAUACUAAAAGUUCUUCCCCUACCUCAAUUUGUUUGCCAAGAUUUUCUGGGGUAGAUCAUGAUGUAGGAGGUAUUUCUAUUGCCAGUAAUGAAGUCCAAGAUGCUGAUGAUGUGACCAUGUACCAUAAUAAUGGCUCUGUUAGUAAUGCUUUUGUGAGGGAGCAGGACCCAGUGGUUGAGAAGGCUCCCUUGAAGAUGGGGUUGGACACUAUUGAUUCCAGAAUGGAAAUUAUUAAUCAAUAUUUGAGUAACAAGGAACGCAGUACCAAUGACAGUGGAAGUUUAGAGAGCGAAGAAUUUGGGCAUUUAAAAGCACAGUUUCUCCCUCUUGCUGAAAUUCCCAUAGAUCAACUUUGUGCUCCUUCAAUUGGAUCUGCUAAAAUGUCACAUUCAGAACCCUUUGAAGACUGUGAACCAACACUAUCCCCACCAACAUUUGGAAAUAUCUUGAAUCCAUCAAAGAAUGCUCCAGCCUCGGCAGAUCUUUCUGAUGACCAUCCGGCCUUGACCAAGAAAGAGAAUCUUGAGUUACAUGAUUUUUAUGACGACGUUGUUCAUGAUAUGGAAGAAAUUUUGCUUGACUACAAUGAGUCCCCUGGGGCUAGGUUCUCUCAGGGUAACCAGAUCUUUAAAUCUCAAGUUUCUCUACCUCUGAGAGAUGGCAGCUCCACAGCUUCUCCUUCUGGUACAGAUGAUGCUUACCCACUGACUUCACUCCCACUGAGAAUUGAUGGGGUUGAAGUGGUUGGUGCCAAGCAGAAGAAAGGUGAUGUUUCACUCAGUGAAAGAUUGGUUGGAGUGAAGGAAUACACUGUUUAUAAAAUAAGAGUGUGGAGUGGAAAGGAUCAGUGGGAGGUUGAACGCAGAUAUCGUGAUUUCUUUACUCUCUAUCGUCGCUUGAAAUCAUUUUAUGCUGACCACGGCUGGAUUCUCCCUUCUCCCUGGUCAUCUGUAGAAAAAGAAUCUCGCAAGAUAUUUGGAAAUGCAUCUCCUGAUGUUGUUGCUGAGAGAAGUGUUCUCAUUCAGGAGUGUUUACAAUCUGUCAUCCGUUCCUGUUCUUUUUCCAGCCCUCCUGGUGCGUUGAUUUGGUUCUUGUCUCCACAGGACUCAUUACCUAGUUCCCCUGUUUCAAACACACCGGUUUCUCGGUCCACAUCUUUUACUAGAGGGGCAGAUGCACAAAACACUUCUCCUUUAGGGAAGACCAUAUCUCUUAUUGUUGAAAUUCGACCACAAAAAUCCAUGAAACAGAUGCUAGAAGCACAACAUUAUACUUGUGCUGGAUGCCACAAACAUUUUGAUGAUGGAAUGACUCUAAUACAAGACUUUGUUCAGACUUUUGGGUGGGGCAAACCUCGACUUUGUGAAUACACUGGUCAGUUGUUCUGUUCUUCCUGCCAUAAUGGUGACACGGCAGUCUUGCCAGCAAGAGUAUUGCAUCAUUGGGACUUUACACGAUAUCCAAUUUCUCAAUUGGCUAAAUCAUAUUUGGACUCUGUAUAUGAUCAGCCCAUGCUUUGCGUGAGUGCAGUUAAUCCUUUCCUGUACUCAAAGGUGCCAGCCCUACAGCAUGUAAUGGGUGUAAGGAAAAAAAUAGGAGCUAUGCUUCCAUUUGUUCGCUGCCCGUUUCGUAGGUCCAUCAACAAAGGACUUGGAUCUCGAAGAUAUCUUCUUGAAAGCAAUGACUUUUUUGCGCUCAGAGAUCUCAUUGACCUUUCCAAAGGACCAUUUGCAGCACUACCUGUGAUGGUGGAAAAUGUUUCAAGGAAAAUCCUGGAGCAUAUUACAGAGCAAUGCCUUAUAUGUUGUGAUGUUGGAGUCCCCUGCAGUGCUCGACAAGCUUGUAAUGACCCAUCUUCUCUCAUUUUCACUUUUCAGGAAGGUGACAUUGAAAAGUGCAAAUCUUGCGAAGCAGUAUUCCAUAAGCCUUGCUUCAGAAAGCUGACACACUGCCCUUGUGGUGCAAGCCUUGGGAUGGCUGAGGCUGCAAGUUCCGCGAAAAGGGUAAGCGACAAUGCGAGUGGUGAGAAUAACGGAGCAUUGAUCACACUAGGGAAGAGAGCAGGUUCUGGACUAUCUGUAGGACUCCUCUCUGGACUAUUCUCAAAGGCAAAGCCAGAAAAAAAGGAGCAUAAAGACAGUGACAAUGUUAUUCUAAUGGGUUCUUUUCCAAGCACUACUCUGUAAUAAUCUGUAAUUGUAAUGUAUCAUAUAUAUUCUAGCUUGAACUGAAAAUUUAAUAUCAUUCGUUGCACCAUUUGAGGUAAAUACCGUAAUAAUUGAAGGUGGCCUACAUUGUUGAGGCUUGCAACCAAAUUUGGAAGGUGAGAUUUUUUGCCUUUUUGGGUUUUUUUUUUUUUGUAAAACUGUAUCGUAUAUACAAAUCAGAGUGUUAAUUGUUUCCUGUAA